AUGCAGUCAAUUCUUCGCGCUGUUCCUGCGGCGAAUCCUGCCCCAGUUCAAGAUGCAUCCGGAACCCGACGUCAACGUGCUGUUCCCAUUGCCAGCUUGUGCCCUGACAAAGAUCUGAUCAUACGAGAGAUGGAGGUCAUGGGUUUUGAGCGCCAUCUGAUCAUUCGAGCCCUCAUUGCCGCUUUUUUCAAUCCCGACCGAGCCGUAGAAUACCUUCUCACCGGUAUCCCUGAAAAUCUUGACGUCGAGCAUACGCGACACGCCCAUCCUGCCCAGGACAAUUUGAGAUCGCCAAUGCCACAGGAUGUAAGGAGUGAUCCAUACACUUCGGAUGAAAAAAGCGAGACAGGAUGGACCGAUGGGUUACCUCAAGUCGGAAAACCCGAUACUCAAGAGAUGUGUCUUGCGGGAGAUAAUGCCACUGCUAGCACCAACAAAUCUCGCCCCAGAUACCCCAAUGCAACUGGUCGCACGAAGCUAGCUACCGGAUCAGCACUACGUGAGGAGUGCGUCGAUGGCACUUCCAGCCCUUCUACUAGAUCAUACAAGAAUGACGUAUACCCUCGUUCCCCAGAUCGCCCAGAUCGUCGGCCGCUGGAAACGGAAAUUCAACGCUCCAGCAGUUCACGUGGCGAUGACUUACAUUCCAAGAUGCAAAGUAUAAUACCGCUACAUGACGACAACGCAAAAUAUCACCUACCGGACGCGGUCUUCGAUCGUGUUUCGGAGGUACUCCGUCAGGCUGAUCAAGAAGAAUGGAGCUUGCGACCUCGGACGUUUGCGGUACUCUGGAUGAUGAAAGCAACGUGUUUUGUGAAGGAAUUUGUUGAGUUGAACUGUUUCGACAUUGCACUGCCAUACACUAAAACCAACCUCCCUGGGAGCCUCACGGACAAUCAGCGAGAGCUGUUUCUCAAGUACCAAAAAUGCGUGCUCACGAAAGCAGUGAAACUAGAAGGGGGCCUGGCGUCAACGCAUGCAAAUUUCGCAGACAAUGCCGACAGCCAUUUACAGUUCCUCAGAUCUCUAGGGAAAGGAGGAUCCGGCUCUGUGGAUUGUGUCAGGAGCAAGCUUUCGCGGAAAGUCUACGCACGAAAAUGCCUGGAACGGAGCACCACGUUCGAGCAGAAUGAUAGAGCUUUGAAAUUUUUCAAGAACGAGAUAGACAGUCUCAAAAGACUCAAGCACCGUCAUCUCGUACGCUAUGUGGGUUCUUAUACGGAUCAGCUUCUUGUUGGCAUCAUCAUGGAACCCGUUGCAGAUUCAAAUUUGACAGACUUCUUGAGCAAAGGGUCGUUUCUCCCUGGUGAAACGGACUGCAUUCGUCAAGCAUUCGGGUGCCUUUGUUCAGCUAUUGUUUAUCUAAACCUCCAAAAAUGUCGCCACAAAGACAUCAAACCAGACAACAUCCUUAUCAAGCAAAGGAGGGUUUAUAUCACAGAUUUUGGCCUGGCAAGAGACUGGACAUUGGGUAAAAGCACCACAACGGGACAUGAGAUCGGUCCAAUUAGCAGGAAAUACGCGGCCCCCGAAGUUCUAUCGCGCGACCCCAGAGGCUCAUCAGCUGACAUAUGGUCCUUGGGAUGCGUGUAUCUGGACAUGAUAACUGUUCUGAAAGGCGAGACUCUGUCGUCAAAGGAAAUCCAUUUUAAAACCAACGGCAGUUUGGGGGACUCUCCGAGUGUGAAUUACGAAGCUUUCACAAGCUGGGUGCGAAAGUUGGAGUCCACGCCAAAUAAUGCGCCUUUGGAAUGGAUCAAGAAAAUGAUGGUGAUCGACCGCAAGAAACGACUCAGCCCACCAGAGCUCAUGUCUCGAAUAUGGAAUUCGAAUGACGACAGAGAUUAUUUCGGGCUCUGCUGCGAUGGAAAUGAGGAAAUUGACAUGCCCUCUGAGCUUAGGCAAGAAGACUUCCCGGACUCUGCAAGCAGCGACGACUUGUCCGACGACGGAGAAUCUGCGAGGAUGAUUCCAGAUCCGGCUAUUCUGGAGAAAAGACUCGUUGAAGCAGCAAAACUCCAGGAUAUGACAACCUUGAAGAGAUGGCUUCGUCGUGCCACUCGCCUGCAUCGUCGCCGUUUGAACACCCAGGCAAUCCAUAUUGCCGCUAGAAUUGGAAACCAGGAGAUGGUAGACACUUUGAUUCAAUCAGGCUGCAGUCUCGAUUUCUUGGACAAACAUGGGUACUCUCCCCUUUCAACGGCCGUUUGGAACUGUUGUGAAGGCGUGACUGAAAGGCUUGCAAGAACCCAAAUCGCUCUCGACAAGCGGUCAAUCCCAGAUCUACGUGCCCCUCUGCACCUUGCAGCUAUGAAGAUGUUCCAUCCUGGAAUGAGGGCGUUACUCAGAGCGGGUGCUUUCGUGGAUGUUCGGAACCGGGGACAAGUCACGCCUCUGCAUAUUGCCACUGCCAAAGGAGACUUCCUUGGUGUGCAGUUGUUACUCCAACACGGCGCUUCAGUAUCUGCAGGAGAUAGAUCUGGAAAGACUCCCUUAUGCCUGGCUGCAAAACAUGGCUCUGGGAGAAUGGUGCAAUUGUUAAUUGACCAUGGAGCUGACGUCAAUGCACCGACGACAGAUCGAAUCCCUCAUACAGCACUAAACGAGGCCGUAUUUUGCAACAAGUCCGACAUAGUACGAAUAUUGCUUGAACGAGGUGCUGAUAUCAACCUUCAGCUAAGGGACAAGGCACGGCUUUUACCUGGCGCGUUACACAUUGCGGCCGGUAACGAUCUCUUGGAAAUGCUUGAAAUUCUGCUCAGCUUUCAUCCUGAUCUAGAAUUACGAGAUCCGGGUGGUUUAACACCGCUGUUAAUAGCGACCAUGGGUUCAAAUACGAGAAUCGUGUAUCGACUUUUGGAGGCUGGUGCUGAUGUCGAGGCUAAAGUCAACAAUGACACCACUCCACUGGCCAUAUCGAUAGCGAGGAGGAAUUUCGACCUUGCCCAAACUCUUGUCAAUUUCGGCGCAAACAUAGGACCCUACAACGGACGAAACGAAACACCAUUGCACCAUGCAGCCGCUAGAAAGGACUUGGAGCUAAUGAAAUUCCUGCUGAAAAAUCACGCCGGGGCGAACAAUCAAGAUGUCGAGGGCAUCACUCCGUUGAUGUUAGCAGCAGCGAAAAAUCAUCCGGCAAGCUUGGAGAUUCUUCUGAAGCACGGCGCCUCUGUUGAUACACAGAAUCUAAAUCGGGCCACUGCUCUGUUUGCAGCACUGGCUACCGGAUGUCUCGAGGCGGCUUCGUUCCUGGUCAGUCAUGGAGCAGACCCAUUGAUCCCUUCCGAACGUGGAGAAACGCCGCUGUCUCUUGCCAAACGGUACGGUUACACGGAUAUCCACAGCACUAUGAUGAGAAAUCUUGAAGCUGUCGGACGAGUGAUAUAUGAUCCACGAUGGCCACAGCUGCCACUGUGUCUAAGUUUGGAAUGCUUGAAAUACGGGUACGAGGUUGUAGACAUUCGGGGCGAAGCAUUUAUACACAUCCUCUCGGGAAAUCCACCACCCCAUGCCCGUAUUCCCGAACGCACGACACCGGGCUCCAGGGAGAGUAUAUCACCGCGAGACCUGGGUGCGCCCAGUCGCGAGGGAUCUGCCAUGCCUACAAAGAACCAGAAUGGUAUUCCACCCAUGUAA